AUGGCUGCUGAACCUUCUCAAGGCGAAGAGUGUUCCAAGAAACGAAUAACCUACGUCCUUAUCGUCGAUCAGUCAACUCCCAACAAAACAAUGAACGAAAAGAGAUGGCCAGGAUGCAACUUCGAAUCAUUGACCGCGGUGCGGCACGCAUUGAUCGACAACCACACUCGAUAUUAUAUCUUCAGGAAUUACAUCAAGUUUCACAACUACGUUACUCAUCGAGCGCUUGCGAUAUACGCGUUAGGAGGGAGCGGCCCCGUGAUUGAAGCAUUUUACAAGCGGGACAUCAAGAUUCAGAGAGAUGCCUUUGUAUCACCCCACCCAAUCACAGCGCAGAAUUUUGUUGACCAUCUUGGUGAUGCAAAAAAGCACCAAGCGGACAAGAUACUCACGCUUUCUCAAUUCUUACUCGAGUUCUCAAGGACCCCAGCCUUGCGUCGAAAGGUCCACGGCGUUACACUGGGCAAUAUCCUGAUACACGUGUGGCUCAUGGUUGCAGAAUUCCGCGAUCACGUUCAGAAAUGGACGGUGAAUCUAUCCAGACCAGGAGAGAUCGAACGCAAGAUGGAAGAGUGUAUUUGGAUUCUCGGUAAUGUAUCCUCUCGGAGGAUGGAGAAACGGGUUUACCGCCGAUUUCUUCCUGUGAGCGUCGAUUGCAAUCCAGAAAUGUUCGAUACUCACAAAUCCUGGGAUGCAUAUGGUCACUUCAAGUAUCUUCACUCAUCGCAUCCUUGUCUCCUCGAGCACAAGCCCUACUUCUCCGCGCAUACUUCUCAAGUGUUGUUGCAUGGUUCAUGGCACGCAGCUGACCCCUCCUGAAUUUCAAGUCCUGCUUUGAGUCGACGCCCACGAUACCGAACCCCCCAGACAGCCUCGCUGUCCCACCAAUGGAAGGUAUUCCAACAGAGACAUCUAACUCAUUCCUUCCUCUCGUUCAAUCAUCUAUGAUGCAUCCCAGUGAGCAUCACCCCAAGAUCCAACCAGCUUUCGCACACUUCUUCCACCAUCUACGGGAUCCGGCCGAAAGGAUAUUUUGCCGAAACUGAACUAGAUGGGGCAGAAGAACUUGACGUUCGUUCGAGCAGCGGUGUUGACUGCAGAUUAUAUGGGAUGGGCUAGAGAAGGGGAAGAGGCGAGAAAUUGGAGUUACGAAG